CUCAAGAACCUUGAAUUUGCUCUCCAGAUUAUAAAUAGAUACCCCCCUCAUAAACCUAUACCUCCAUCUCAAAAUACAACCAAGGAGGUAACAAUGGCCAUAGCACUCAACAAAACCACCACAUUUCUUUUCUUUCUCCUAGUCAAUAGUCUAGUGUCCUAUUCAAUCCAGUCCCUAGCAAGUCCAAGAAACCCUAAUUCACUCAUUCUUGGUCUUACCCUAGCUUCUAGGGCUUCCUUUCCAACUUAUCCAAAAGCUUCCACUUCCUCAAGAAAGAUUGUCUCAAUAGAUGUUUUGGGCGCGAAGAAGCCUUCAAGGGAAGUUAGAGAUGGGUAUUUGAUAUCUCUAAAUAUAGGCACACCCCCACAAGUCAUUCAAGUGCACAUGGAUACUGGUAGUGACCUUACUUGGGUUCCUUGUGGAAACCUUUCUUUUGAUUGCAUGGAAUGUGAUGAUUAUAGAAACAAUGAGUUGAUGGCUACUUUCUCUCCUUCCUAUUCUUCUUCGUCAUAUAGGGCCUCUUGUGCUAGUCCCUUCUGCAUUGAUAUUCAUAGUUCUGAUAACCCUUUGGAUCCAUGCACUGUGGCUGGAUGCUCAUUGAGCACCCUUGUUAAAGCCACAUGUUCUAGGCCAUGCCCUUCAUUUGCUUACUCAUACGGUGCAGGAGGGGUGAUCACUGGGAUACUGACCAGGGAUACACUUAGGGUUAAUGGAAGUAGUCCUGGUGUCACUAAAGAAAUUCCAAAAUUCUGUUUUGGUUGUGUAGGGUCUGCAUAUAGGGAGCCUAUUGGGAUUGCAGGGUUUGGUAGGGGUACACUUUCUUUGGCUUCACAGCUAGGGUUUCUUCAGAAGAGCUUCUCACAUUGCUUCUUGGCCUUCAAAUAUGCAAACAACCCUAAUAUUUCAAGCCCAUUAGUUGUAGGAGAUAUUGCCCUUACUUCUAAAGAUGAUAUGCAAUUCACUCCGAUGUUGAAUAGCCCCAUGUACCCUAAUUUCUACUACGUUGGUCUAGAGGCCAUUACUGUUGGCAAUGUUAGUGCAACUGAAGUGCCUUCAAGCUUGAGGGAGUUUGAUUCACUGGGUAAUGGGGGCAUGAAGAUUGACUCAGGAACCACUUAUACUCACCUACCUGAACCGUUCUAUUCUCAGGUUCUCUCUAUUCUUCAAUCAACAAUAAAUUAUCCUAGAGACACUGGCAUGGAGAUGCAAACCGGGUUUGAUCUUUGCUAUAAGGUCCCACGUCCAAACAAUAACACUCUCACGUCGGAUGAUCUCCUUCCUUCAAUCACUUUCCAUUUCUUGAACAAUGUGAGUCUAGUUUUGCCCCAAGGAAAUCACUUCUAUCCUGUGAGUGCCCCAGGUAACCCUGCUGUGGUCAAAUGCCUCAUGUUCCAAAGCACGGAUGAUGGUGAUGAUGGACCAGCUGGGGUGUUUGGGAGCUUCCAACAGCAAAACGUGGAGGUUGUCUAUGACUUAGAGAAAGAGAGAAUUGGGUUUCAACCAAUGGACUGUGCUUCAGCUGCAUCUUCUCAAGGACUUCACAAGACCUAACUAAGUGACAGUUAAUGGUAGUUCUUACAUUGUCAAUGGUGCAUGCCGUUGGUUGGUUAAUCUUAUUAAGCACUUUACUUUUCCACUUCCUUUUGUUUGUUAACGAAGUUGGUACUUUGCCAAGUCUUUUGAACUAGAUUAAUAUCAUGCUGUAAGGCUCUUCGAACCUUGGAACUGAUUAAGAAAUGAUCAUGAGUUGGUUAUAUUCUCUCA